AUCACUUCAACAACUUUUUGACCGCAGCCCCACCAAAACCGACUUUUUCCUUGAACCCUUCGACCCAUCGCGAAAGGACUCGGUUCGACAUCCCCCCCUCCUCCCCCCCCCAUCACAACCACCACCUCCCAAGAUGGAUUCCGAAGACCCCCAAGAGCGUCCCGAGGACGUUAGCAACAUUAUUAAUGGCCUGGAGCGAUACAAUCCCGAAGCUGUGGGAAACCUGGAGGAUUACCUGCGCCACCAGUGCGAGAACAGAUAUACCGACUCCAACGCGAACCGGACAUUACUAAAGCUAUAUCAACUUAACCCCGACCGAGUUAAGGAUGAGGUCAUCACAAAUAUUCUAGUCAAGUCCCUCACUCUAUUCCCUUCGCCGCAGUUCUCCCUGGCCCUCCACCUGAUCCCUCCCCACCUCGUGGCGCCUAACCAGCGCGCCGAGCUGCCCGAGGCCAUCUCCAAGCUGCGGGAGCUCAACAUCCAACUGCAAGGUGCGCAGUACGCUCGUUUCUGGGCGACGCUGGACUCGGACGAUCUAUAUGCCGAUCUGACCACGGACAUCGACGGCUUCGAGGAGCUGAUCCGCGGUCGCAUCGCUACCCUCAUCAGCCACGCCUACCGCGAGAUCGAGCUGUCUGUGCUGGAGCAGUGGCUCGGCCUCGAGGGCCAGGCCGCCCUGAAGUUCGUGUCGGAGACCGCUGGCUGGAAGGUGGAAGACGGCCUGGUCAAGAUUCCCCGCAACGCCGAGAACGAGGCCAAGAAGAGCGAGGUCCGCGAGGAUGUCAACGUGGACAUGUUCUCGAGAGUCAUCAGACGGGCCUGGGAAGAGACCGUAUGAUCUCUUGUUUCCUACGUAAUCUACCUAGGUACCCAAGGUUCAAGUUGGUCAGAGGGGCUACGUCUUUUUGGCGGUUAACAGUGAUGGAUCCGGUAGCGAGGCUGAAAAAAAAAAACAGCAUUUGGGGAAGACGAUAAAUUACCUACGUCUUUGGCGUUAUGGAUGACGAGUUCGGAAUUCUUCCGGAUUUAAUGUGCUGUUUACUCCCUGCCGUCGUUAGAUAGGCAGCCGAUGAGAUAUCAGAAACGAAUAAAAAUCACGAUCUGAAUGAA